AUGUCAAACAAAAAAUUUGAUCUCAUAGCACCAACGUCCAAAAGAACCUCUCGAAAUUCGAUUUUAUUUAUUGAGGUUAAAAAGUUUGAAUUUAGCGCUCAAGUGUCGUAUUUAAUACAGUCAGACCUCUCAUAUUUAAACGAAAAGGAUUGGAUCCCAAAGAAGGGAAUUCACAUGAAUCUCCUUCAAGAUCUUUACGAUGCUCUCAAAAAGAUCCAAUCUCCAGGAUUCGAUGUGGAUAACUCGGUUGACGACAAUAUUGUUGCCUUGGUCGACGAUUUACUCAACAAUCUCAAUGGAUUAGAUCCAAAGGCUUCAUUGGAAGAAGUUGUCAAUGCUUUCGUGAAUUCAACCCAUCGAAUACUCUUGAUCAAAAUAUUGCCGAUAUUCUCGUGGCCUUUUUACCUUUCUAAUUUAUUAUUAUUAGUACUUCAUAUGAUUAAUUACGAUUUCCAAUUGAUUGAUUUCUGAAUAAUCAGUGAAUGUUCAUUAAUAAUUAUGAUCCAAUUUCAAUAAAUAUUUAAUUAUGCAAACUUAA